AUGACGAGCACUGUUGGAAAGGCUGCAGUCGCGUGGGAGGCCGGCAAGGGUCUCACUAUCGAGGAUAUUGAGGUUGCUCCCCCAAGGGCCCACGAAGUUCGGAUUGAAAUAUACUACACAGGUGUUUGUCACACAGAUGCAUAUACGCUUUCUGGAAAGGAUCCAGAGGGGGCAUUCCCCAUCGUCUUGGGCCAUGAAGGCGCUGGUAUCGUCGAGUCUGUCGGUGAAGGGGUGACUUCCGUCAAGCCUGGUGACCACGUAGUUGCUCUCUAUACUCCUGAGUGCAAAGAAUGUAAAUUUUGCAAGUCCGGCAAGACGAACUUGUGCGGUAAGAUCAGAGCCACCCAAGGAAAGGGGGUCAUGCCCGAUGGAACAUCCCGAUUCUCCUGCCGUGGCAAGGAGCUUUUGCAUUUCAUGGGCACUUCCACUUUCUCGCAAUACACCGUUGUGGCCGAUAUUUCUGUUGUCGCCAUCACAGAUAGAGCUCCCAUGGAUCGGACAUGUCUGCUGGGGUGUGGUAUCACAACAGGUUAUGGUGCUGCAGUAGUGACUGCUCGUGUAGAGGAAGGCUCGACUGUAGCUGUAUUCGGAGCCGGAUGUGUUGGCCUGUCUGUGAUCCAGGGUGCAGUGAUGCAAAAAGCCGGCAAGAUCAUUGUGGUCGAUGUCAAUGAUAAGAAGGAAUCGUGGGCGCGGAAAUUCGGUGCCACGGACUUCAUCAACCCUACGAAACUUGAUGGGAAACUUAUACAAGACAAACUCAUUGAGAUGACGGAUGGUGGAUGCGAUUAUACCUUUGAUUGUACGGGCAAUGUCAGUGUGAUGCGUGCUGCUCUUGAAGCCUGCCACAAGGGCUGGGGUCAAAGUAUUAUCAUUGGUGUUGCAGCAGCCGGCGAAGAAAUAUCCACGAGACCAUUCCAACUUGUUACUGGCCGCGUAUGGAAAGGCUGUGCUUUUGGCGGCAUCAAAGGCCGCAGCCAGCUACCAGCAUUAGUCAACGACUACAUGAUCGGUAAGCUGAAAGUGGACGAAUUCAUCACCCACCGCGAAUCAUUGCCGGCCAUAAACUCAGCGUUUGAGCAAAUGAAGCAAGGUGACUGCAUUCGCUGCGUGAUCAACAUGAAGCAGUAA